CGGUGGCGGCGGUGGCGGUGGCGACGGGGCCCAACGGCGAGAAGCGGUCGGAAAAAUGGCGUCCGAUAACGAAGCCUCUUGCGCGAGUGACCCAAAUUUCGCGGUGAUCUGCUCAUUUCUCGCCUGCUUCGGCAAGUCCUGCGGCAUCAUCUAUCCGGACAUCGCUCGGCUCCAGGAGAUGCUCGAGAAUACGCAAGAAGUGUCGCAAGAAUUAAUAGAUCUACACAUCAAGUUGUUGCGAAAAACACGUAAAUCCGUGUCACCAGAAAAGUGGGAAAGGGCGCUAGUCAAGUUUUGCCACACGUACUCUAACCAGGAUGGAUGGGAACUUGAACGCUUCGGUUACAAGAAAGCUCGCAUUGCUGUUAAACUGCGUUUACUUAAAGUAUUAUUGGAAACACAAUUUGACUUAAAUCAAAAGUUUAAGAAUGAAGUAAACAAAUUGGCAGCUAACGAGUUGCGUGUGGAACCUUUAGGAAGGGACAAAAGUGGAUUAGCGUACUGGUGUCAGCUGGAUGAAGAGUGCAACAUAAGAGUUUAUAGAGAAGAUUUAGAUGAAGAGAAUUGGGAAUUAGUAGCUCAGGAUCGAGAAGGUGUUGUUAAUCUCAUAAGUACCUUGUCAAAUGGCGAAAUCGGAGCUAUACCAAUUAAUGAGGAUAGCAACAGUUUGGAAAUCUCUGAGAAACCUAUAAUUGACACUGGACAAGUAACAACGUCUCCAAGCUUAGAAGACGAAGUUGUGCAAGAAAACGGCGUUCACGAAAUGAAGCAGCUACCAAACGGUAGAAGUGAUGAGUUAGAGGAUGAACAAGAACAUGAUCAAGAUCAAGACCAGGAUCAAAAUCAAGUUCAGAAUGCUACCAUUAAUGAAACCGAAAAAGAAGAAAUUGAUGAAGAAGAAGAUAUUGACGCGGAAGAAGAAGAUAUGACGAAUGAUGAAAGUUCCAAGCAGAUUACGGAGGAAGACGAUUCUCAAGAAAUGGUACAAACUCCGAGCACAGAAUCAAGGUGUACAAAUGAUUCAUCUUCAUCGGCGACUAAUUUAAAGAUGCUAAACAUGAAAGUGGAUGUAAAAUUGGAAGAUGCGAGCCACAGAGAGGCUACUGACGAAACGUCCGCUUUCUUGGUAUCAGAAAGCAAACCCUCAAUAAUACACAAGCAGACCGGUGUUAUAAAAGCUGAAGUUGAAGAACCGGCACCAUUAAUUAAAUCUAUAGAAACGCCUGUUAUUACUUCGUCUCCAUUGAAACUAGUAAAUAUUGCAGAAUUGAAGCAAUUGCCAGAAGAAAAGUUAGUAAGUCCAACAUCUGUUAUUGCGCCCUUAAACGCAAUGAAAAAACAUGGUCCUUCCGACGAGAUAAAAGCUCUCGAGAAAUUGUCUAGCAAGAAUAGUCUACCUUUCUCGACUACAGAUUCUAUUUCUGUGGGGCACAAUAAACUAUCCGUCAAACCAAUCGACCAAUUAGCUGCAAAUCUUGUAAGGAUACAGUCAGAGAAAUUGGAGAAGCCAAGUGGGCCGAAAUCGCUGGAAAAGAUUGCAGAAACUUUAGCAAGGUCUAGUAGUAUGUUGGGAAAUAUGGUAAACGGAGAGGAUGAUAGGCUGCCACAAGAUUUUUGCGCGAGAAAUCAAUCCGAAAAGUCGGCAACGCACAGGAGUCAUAGAGGCAUAGACUUGUCAACGUCACCACGUGGUUGGGAAAAUGCAAACGAGCAAAAUAGACCGGUGGAUUUCUCUGGAAUUGAUCUUUCUAGUCGAAAAUUGGGAAAAACAAUGGAUUUGCCUUCUCCUGGUUACAGGACGCAAGAUUUCCAGCAUCGAGAAAUGGAUCUGAGUACGAAGAAGAUAAACAAACCAGAAAUGUCGAAUCUGCCAUACGAUGCGCGUAGCGUAAUGUUACGUAAUCAUGUGAUGGUGGCUGAUUUGAGUAAGAGACAAAUGCCGUUUACCGCGUACGAGACGCCGUAUCAUAAUACAGCUAGAUUACCUGCCAAGGAUGAGCACAGAUUACCAAGCUAUGCGAUACUUUCUGAUCCCAGCAAGAUUACGACGCUGAGGAUGAACAGUGCACCACUGAAACGUCCUAUAGAGGAUGAUGACAUACAGCAAGAUAUGCUAAAGAGGAUAAGGGCGGAUGUAAUUCCAAUUAGGGGCUCUAUAGACAAGAGACCGAUGAUAAGUGGUAACUGGAGAGAUGAGGUAAGUGAGGCUAUCGAGGAGCCUAUAAUGAUGGUUCAAGGCGAGGGAUCUGGCAGCGACUGCGACGCAGUAAAUCCCAUUGUUGGAGAGGCUAUAGAGGAACCGACGACUUUUUUCUACGGCGAAGGUUCCGGCGCGGAAUGUGGAACGGGUAAUCCUGGCGACGACGCGCCUACUGACAAUAAAGAAAGCAACGAAUCAAAAACUGAACCUGACUCAGCUACCACAGCGCUGUCGCAGAAUAAGGUUUUAACCGAAGACGAGAUAUCUACAGGUUCGAUACUGUCGAACAAAACCCCUGUAAAAUUAAAUAGAAAUUAUCCACAGUCUAAUGUAAGCGUAAACGAUAAUUGUCAAAUAGUAGAUUCUAUACAAGAAAAGCCAAAGUUUAAGCACACGUUAGGCGUCCAGAUAAUACCUAAAAGUACAACCGGUCCUGUCAAAAGGUUGUCCAGGUGGGAUGUGGGAAAACCAGAAGAGAAGAAAGAAUGUGACAGUAGUAUCAUAUCAAAUGAAGGAGACAUAUCAGUGAAAAAAAAUACAGAUGAUCAUGAGCGUGAUAAUGUGGAAGAGAAGCUGCUGAAUGUGGAUGCUGAAUCGGCCAAAACUAAACAUGAGAAUUCCGCUAAUGUGGAUCAAGGCGUUAAAGUAGAUGACUUUGUAAACAUAGGCAGUGAAGCCAUCGAAGAUAGUGUUAAAUUACAAGUGCCCGACAUAAGUUCGGAAAAUAUAAGUACGAAACAGGAAAGAGACUGUACACUUCAAGAGCCUAUGCAAUGCGAUUCGUCGAUAUCGUCGUGCCAAGCGGACACUUUGCAAGAACCUGAACCAUGUACAGAUCCUGAACCUACGACUGAUUCAGCCACUACACAAAAUUUAUUUGAUUCGAGUAGCGUGGUUUCGCGCGAACCAGAUACUCUCGAAAUAACGAAUAAUGAAUGCAAACCAGCAGCUACAUCUCCGCCGAGAUUUUUUUUUGGUCCCAAUUGCAUCUCGUAUACUUCGAAAUCUGAUGAAUUAGGAUCUCAAUCGGAACAAAGCCUGACUACGUCCAUUCACGAUAAAACGGACACUGUGCAAUAUGAAUGCGUAUCUUCGUCGAAGUCAGCGGAUGAUACUGUUUAUUCGUACAAGACGGAAGAUUUUGAUUUGACGCAAACAAACAAUAAUUCGUUGAAAUCAGAUGUGUUUACUUUGGAAUCUGACAGCGUUUUAUGUGGAAAUAAUAGCAAAGAUAUCGAAAAAAUUGAAGCGCCAAGUAACACAUGGAAUCAAACAAAGGAAGAAAUUUUGACGCCCAAUAGCUCAGUAGAUCCAAACACCGCGUCCGAGUACAAUGCUGCUAGUUCAUCUGUCGCGCAAAUUGAAAUAGAAGCGAGCAAAGAGUCAAGUGUGCAAGAAUCUAUUUGUAUGGAUAAAAAAAUGGCAGAGGAUGAUUGCACAAAAUUGCAUACAAGUCCUACGUCAGAAGUGGUAACUGAAAGUAUUAAUGACAUAAGUGUAACUGAAGAAGAUUCAAUUAAAAUCAAUUCGAAUAGCGAAUCUAAUGUUCAGCCAGCAGAAUGUGGGAUUGUCGAACCAUCGCAAUGCGAUCAGUCUAUCGAUUCUGAAAAUCUUGUAAGUACAGAGAGUCAAGAAGAUUCUUUUAAAAGAUCGGAUGUGACAUCACAGCUAUUGAAUGAUAAAGAGGAUAAACUACUGGCCGAAGACUCUAAAAACGAGAAUGAUUAUCAGUCUGAUAGUACAAAUGUUUGUAAGGAAGAGCAAAACAGAAUUGAAUCCGAGACAAUGGCGCAUUCGUCUUUAUUGCCACUUACACAAAAUUCGCAAGCAGAGCUAGCUGAUCUCAGGGAAUUUGAGGACGUUAACAAGUCAAACGAACUAUUAGAUUCGAUUUCCACGAAUGAAGUGGAAUCUACGAGUUAUCAGGAAGCAAAUAGGCUCGAGAAAACCGAUCUAGAUUUCAUCGGAGAGAAUUGUGACAAGCAGAGUGACAAGAAUGACAAUUUCUCCGAAAUCGAUGGCCAGGAAGAUCAUUCAACCGACACGGAUAAUGAGAAAAUGAAAGGCCUGACUGGUUCUGAUGCUGACUCGUUGUGUGUUAACUACGAUAAGAAUAGCGAAAGAACUGAUGCAUUAUCUGAUAUAGGAACCCACGAUGAUGGGUCAGGUGAUUCUGAAGAAAUUAAAUCCAAAGGAUUGAACGAUGUGCAAGUUAAUGAUACUGUGUUCGAUAUACAUUCUGAAACACAUCUUCCUGAAAGUUCUGUGGUGACCAGUUCGGAAUCGGUUCGAGAAAGUGAUAAACACAAUGUAGUUCCUACUAUAAGCAGUUCAGACGAUGCCUCUGCACAAGACUCUUCAUCUCAAGAGAGCGAACCUGUGCAAAUAGAUGAUGAAAAAGGUGAAAAUACUUCGUCUGAUACUGAUAAGCCUUCUACGUUCAAUAUUUCGCCUAUAACGGUGCCUGAAACGAAUAUUUGUGAACAGUCUGGUAGUGUCGAAACUAUGAAAGAAAUUAGCUCAUCUAAUUUAAUUCAGUCUACAAGCGAGUACGCGGACAAUGUUUCUGAAAAUCCCAGUUCUUGCAUUGAUCAAGAUUCGAAUGGUGAGAUGGUUAUAGAUGAUCGUGUGUCUGAAUCGAAUGAAUCGUAUAAAGAAACUGAGGAGAUUGCAAUGAAUGAUGAAAAAUCAGGAAAUACAACGCCAAAAGAUACAAUUCAAGAAGAUACAACGCAAGAAGUUACAACGCAAGAAGUUACAACGCAAGAAGUUACAACGCAACAAAUUACAAUGCAAGAAAAUACAACACAAGAAAAUAAAACACAAGAAAAUAUAAUGCAAGACGUUACAAUGCAAGAACAUACAAUGCAAGAACAUUCAAUGCGAGAAGAUACAAUGCGAGAAGAUACAAUGCAAGAAUCAAAAGAAUUUGAGAAAGAAGCUCCAGUUCUUAUGAAUAUUGCACAUGAAUCUUGUCAGUUCGAAAUUGACUUAUCAGUGACGAAAACUGAAAUCUUGGAAAAAGAAAAAUCUGAAAUUGAUGCAGAAAGCAGAAUUUCUAACGAUCUUAAAGAAUUGACUGUAAAAGACAAGAGUAAAAUUUGUAACACUGAUCAACAAGAUACGAUACUUGCGGAGGCUUGUAAAAUUAAUGUAAGUGAAGAGAUUGCUGAAAAUGUUACAAACAAAAAUUCAGAGAUAGAUACAACUGUAACUGUCGAACAAUCGGAAAUAAACACUGUAGAUAUAAUUUCUCAGGAAUCACAAGUAAAAAUCGUGAAUGUUAACAAACAGUCACUAGUUGCGAAUUAUGAUAGCGAUUCCAAUGAUAAUGGUAGCGAUAAUGUUUUCGAACCUGAUGUGACACAAAUAAACGAUUCUAAAGAUUGUGCUGGUGCCCCCAUAGAACAAAAAACGGAUGAAGAGCAGUACAAAAAAUCACCUGAGAAAGAAAAAGAUAUCGACAGCACAAAUUUAGUUUCUGCUGAUAUGUCUCAAGAAUCAACGUCUACCGAACUACAAAUAGAACCUUCAGAAACGAAAGUAUUGAAUCAAGAUAUAACUAUAGUCACAGAGCAAUACAUAAAAAUUAAAGAACAAAAAUGUGUCGACGAAACACAAAUCAAAUCUGCCUGCAAUAAUCUUGAAUAUCGUUCUGAUCAAUCAACAAUGCUUUUAAAUAAGAAUGAACUUCAAGAGGAAAUGAACAUUCAGGAUAUUCCUACUACUGAUAAUUCUAAAGUGUCAGAUGUGACGAAGCUUUCAGUAGCUCCGGUCACGAUUCAGGAGACAACUGAAUUUCUUCAAAACAAAAGUUUUGAGAUGACUAUCGGUCAUAGCGAGAAAAAUAGAGAAUAUCUCAAUAAUUCAAUUGAUAAUACGAAAAAAAUCGAGAUGCAAGCCACUCGAAAUAUUCUUGAGGCAACGGAAAAGGCAGAUUGUUUAAUAUCUAAAAAUGAUUUCAACGAAAGUGAUGCAAAUAAAAGCAUAAAGGUUUCGCUUACUCGAGAAAGCACGGAAUGUAAUGCUACGGACAAUCAAGUGACUGACAUACAUGCAACAGAGCAAGCAAAAAAUAUGGACGAGAAAUUAGAUGUCAAUUUAGAUAUCGAGAAUAUCGCAAAAUCGAAAAGUGUAAAUGAACUUAAUUCUGAAGAAUUGCCUAUUCCGUGCAAAAGAUUUAAAGAAGAUCUCGACCAUGGUAAUGAAGACAAUAAAUGGGACGAGAAGUCGCAAGAAGAAUGUUUGACUAAAUCGUUCACGGAAGAAGUGAAUUUACCAUUAAUUCAAACAGAAUCAGGUAUUAUGUUAGCAAAGUUGGAUAGUACUUUAGAUGAGGAUAAAUCACGUACGUGGAAAACUGAGAAUGCAAGUUUAGAAGGAAGCACGUCUAUGGUUGCCUUGUAUAAUUCAAAUUCAAUGUCCACGAAGAUGGACAAUGUUAAUAACUUGGACAGUUGCAACAAUCAAAAUGAGCCUUUUAGUAUAAACAUGAAUGUAAAUAAGAUUACGGAAAAUUUUGAUAAGAAUGAGCCUUCAGAUGCAAAUAAUGAAUCGACAACAUUUUCCGCUCAGAAGAUUAUUUCAGAAAUUGGUACUGUAAAAUCUGAUCCAAAGAAAGAAGCCAGUAAGAGGCUGAUCGAUGUCUCGGAUAUAGAAGAUGUUCCUCCGUUAAAGUCUAAGCCUCCGUGUAUAGAAACCGAUGAUAAGACACUGGGAAAUUUAACAGAUUCCGAUAUGCAAACGUCUAAGACUUUAGAUACUUCCAAUAAGGCCGAAAAGUUAAAGCUACAAACCGAGGAUGAAACGAGAUCAACGAUCUCUACAACGCAGUUGUUUCAAAAUGAUUUCGGUAUAGUAAACGAUUCCAUGGCUGUUGCUGAAGGUUCGAAGAAGGUCGAUUUAGAAACUGCAGAGAGGGAAGAAUCUUCUGAAAUUCAGGACAUUGAGAUGAAAAAUAUUUCUGAAGCUUCUGAUGAUUCGACAGGCGUGGAUAAUGAAGAUGUUUUUAAUGUACCAGAAGAAACAGAUCCCUUAGCAUGUUCUGAUGAUGCUUUAAAGAAUAUUACCGAAGAUGCAUCUGACACUUCUAAGAUAAGUAUUCGCGUAAAAUCGGCAUCUGAUUUAGUUUAUGAGGGAUGGAAAUUGGACAGCACUACAGAAACGCCAAAGAUCUCGCGAAAGCGGCGAAACAGCGCUCAUGAAUCGAAUUCUGAGGAUGGAGCAGUGAAGCAAGAAGAUGAAGAAAUGAUGGGUGGCAAAAGGAUGAAGUUACGCGCAAAACGUUUGCCGGAUAAAGAAUUACGAAAGUCCAUCGAGGAAAGUCGUGGAGUGGCGAUGAGCUCCGAGGAUGAGGCUGUGAAAUGUGAUCCUGAUAAUGCAGUGGAGCAUGCGAAUAAAGAGGGCAGCGGUGAUGAUCCGAAUAUUAUGCAAACAACAAUGAACGACAAAAAGAUUAGGGGUCGUCCUAGGGGUAGAAAGAGGCGUGGUUUCCGGGGUGGUGGACGUCCGAGUCGGCCAAAACUCGCAGAAUUUCAGGGCGAUCAGACGUCGCCUGGUGCUCAUCUUGAUGAAACACCUAACGAUACUUUAAAUACAGCACAGAAGAAACGGAAAAAACGAAAAAUGGUCUUAGGCUUAGAAAUAGGUAGAGAUAUCUCAUUGGAGACGGAUACACCAGUAACAGCACAGGAUGAAACGCCUGUUAGGCAAUCAAGAAGAAUAGCGCAAUUGAAAAUAAAGGAACAAGCAGACAGGCGUAGAAUCGAGGAGGAAUCUAUGCGUGAGAUAGAAGAGAAAAAAGAAUCAGAAAAGAAAAAAAGAAAAAAGCAGAAGCCGGAAAGUGAGGAGGAAGUUAUCAUAAAAGAAAUUGAAAAGGAGAAAAAGUCUAAAAAGAGACGUCGAAAGAGGAAGAAAAAGAAGAUGCUUGCUAAAUUUAACGAAGCGAAUCCAUGGCAGAGUUCAUCUGGAUCUAGCAGUGACGAAGAGAAUGACAAUGAAGAUGAAGAAGAGGAUAUGGACGAAGAUAUGGAAAGCGAAGGAUCUUUAUUGUUUAAAAGUGAUCAUGAAUUUUCUCCUGAGAGUGAUCUCGAAAAGGAUCAUGAGCCUCAACCUUUAAGACGUGCUAGAACAGCACAAAAGGCCCAAAGUGAUGUUGAGGAAGCUGAGGAUGAAUAUGCCUGUCAGAAAUGUGGCAAGGCUGAUCAUCCCGAAUGGAUUCUUUUGUGCGAUUCUUGCGAUAAAGGUUGGCAUUGCUCCUGUCUCAGGCCAGCUCUUAUGCUUAUACCCGAAGGCGACUGGUUCUGCCCUCCAUGCCAACAUACUUUAUUGGUGACCAAAUUACGGGAAACUCUAAAAACACUAGAUCAGUUAACAAAAAGACACGAGAAUGAAGUGUUACGAAAGAAACGAUUGGCUUUUGUCGGCAUAAGUUUGGAUAAUGUACUUCAUAAAGGCGAAACACAACACGGAUCGAAAGGAUCGCAAGCAUCCAGUCAAGAAUCAGACAACGAAUCUUCAGAAUCUUCUUCGUCGGGCACCAGUUCCGAAAUAUCGAGUAGCGAGGAAAGUGAGGAGCCAGUUUAUCAGUUACGAGAACGUCGGUGCGCCAGCACCUACAAGUUUAAUGAAUAUGAUGAUAUGAUUAAUGCUGCAAUUCAAGAUGAAGUUGAAGCAGUUCAAGGUGCUGGCAAUCAAGGAAGAGGCAAGGAUAUUGCAACGAUUGUUAAUGCGGAAAAGGAAGAGGCACAGGCUGAAGCGUUAAAAAUGACGCAAUUAGAAGAGGACAAGGAUGAUACGGAAUCAAAGCCGGAAAAAGAAAGUGAUGAAGAAUAUAAGCUUGAGAAUGAAGAUGUAAUCGAUGACAUAGAAGAGGAACAAAAUACGGUUGCUAGGAACAAAAUACGAUUGUUAGCACGUAAGAAACAUCGGAAGCUGAAUAGCCUUGACAUAAGCAGUGAAGACGAUCCGGAUAGUGACGAAGAUUUCAAGGGUACAAGCUCCGAAGAUGAGGAGGACUUUGAUGAUCAUAUCACAUCAUCUGAUGACAGCAGCUUUGCCGAUGUGAAACGACGUGGUAGAAAAGGUGAUUCACGACCUGUUAGAAGAUCUACUAGGGCGCGCAUGACUAGGGCCUACGAUGAUGAUUUUAGUAAGUUUUGGCAAAGCAGAACAAUAUCAACAUCCAGAGUCAGGAUAGUACCUAAAACAAAGGGCAAAAAGAAAAAAAAGAGAAAACGUAUAAUAGAAUCUGAUAAUCAGAGCGAAAAUGAUGAAGAAGAUGAGCCGAAAAUUGAAGCACAAUGUGAACCUAAUUUACAAGAUUUCAAUACCACUCUAAAUGAGAUAAUGGACGUUAAUAAACCAGAAAAUUUUGAAACUUCUUUAGGUGAAGGCAAUGUUGAAAUAAAAGAUGAUAGAUUACAAGAAGAAUCAACAGCUGCAGCAACAGCAGCAGCAACAGCAACUGCUGCUGCUUCAGAUGUCCCGAUUCCACAAAUUCAGCAGCCGUCAGAAAUAGUACCGAUUCAAAAAAUCAAAAAGGACAUUGUGCCUAAACCGAAAAAAGCUCCUGGUAUUAGACGAAAAAUUAUUUAUGGUGGACUUCCAGACGAAAACAAACGAGAAGAAGAAGAAAUAUUAGGCAGACGGACUCGAGGACGAAAGAUCAAUUAUCGAGAAGAAAUGGCGUCAGAUAGUGAGGAGGAACUGAAAAAAGCAUUGAUGAUGAGAAAGACUGGUGAAAGCGAAGAUGAGUAUGUAAUGAAUGAGGCUGAUGAUAUGAAUGAUGAUGGAGAAAAGGAUUCUGAUUCAGGAGAUAAUUAUAUUCCUAAGAAGGAUGCCCUAAAAUUUAAGAAGUCAUUGAAGACAAAGAAAUCACGUAAUAGUAAAAGCCCUGCAGCAAAACGUAAGUCAUUAUCUGAUGACGUACCGAAGCAAAGAAAGAAACCUGGACCGAAGCCAGGAAGCAAGAACAGAGGACGUAAGCAAAAGUUGAAGGAUGACAUGGAUGGAGACAUGAUUGGCGCAGUUAUGGACAAUCCUAUUGGUGACAUAGCAUCUAAAAUUGAUGAGAAUCUUCCAGAUAAUGUAGGACUGGCAGGCACGACGAUGUCAGUAGCAAGUUCAUUUACCGGAGAUGUUCCUGAAGGUUCAUUAACAGGUCUUGGUGCCGGAGAGCUGGCUGAUCUAGAUGAUGAGCAGCUCGAGCAGAUGAUGAUGGAUGAAGAGUACGGACGUCGACAGUUGGAGCUAGCGGCAAUCGAAAUAGCAAAAAAGAAGAAAAAGGAGGAACGAGAAGCUAAGAAGUUGGAAAAAGCCCGUUUGAAGGCUCUAGAGAUACUGGCGGCAGAGAGGCAGAGAGAUCCCAACGCACCCGAAGGAACGGAUGGUGAGGUGCCCAAGAAAAAGAAGCGUGGACGUCGCAGCAAAGCCGAGAUCCUUGCUGAACAGAUGCGCAGAGAUGGUGCAUCAAAUCUGGGCAUCGCGCCGGCUUCGGCCAUCGGUGGAGUUGGCACGCCGGAUGGCGUGAGUAAUAUGUCACACAACAUGAAUCCUGGUACCUUAUCUACGGGUCUGACGUCAGAAACAGAUAGGAGUAUUGAAGGAGGACACAUGUCUCUUAUGACUGGACCGGAUGGACAACUUUUCAAUCCGGAUGGCACUCCAGUGAAGCCGAAACGACGAGGUCGUGGUAAAGGCAAGAAGACUCUUGCAAUGGAAGCGGCUAGAGCCGCGGAAGCGGCAGCUAAAGCCGCGGCCGAAGUUGGUUUGAUCGGCAUGGGUACUGACUCGAAUUCAGACAUGAAACAGAAUGAUAUACCAAACGUUCUUCCUACGCCAGGUAGUAGUACAUCUGGUUCGGCGCCCUCCACACCACCAGCGAGUACCGUACCUACACCAGGCCCUCCAUCAACACAGUCGCCAAAUUCGCAGCCAGUUUAUCCAUCGCUACCCGGUCAACAGUCUUCCGUCAUCACAAGAAUGCUUCAGUCCCAACCGGUUUCCAGCACUCCACAGUCAUUCACCGCGGCGGCGGCAGCGAUGGGCCACAAAUAUUUCGGUGGACCCAACGCUGGUGGACAGAUAAUGGGCGGUCCACGAACGGGAUACGAGAUGCAACCACGUGCCAGGAUCCCAUCCCCUUAUAGACAGGCAGGUCAAUCAUCUAUACCACCGCAUUUUGCCGCGGUCAGAUCGGGCACGCCACCAAUGCGUAUGCGAGUACCCGGGCCGCAAAUGUAUCAUACGCCACACCAUCCAAUGGACCCAUCCCCAUCGGGUGGUGGACCGAUUUCCAUUACCAAUAGAGAUCGCAGUUCGCCCUUGACGCCCGGCGGACCGGCGAUGAUUCCACCGUCAGCUGGUAGCCCACUGGCCAAGGGUGGUCCAACGCCGCCACCGCCACCCCCACCAUAUGUGCGGAGUGGUCCACCAAUGGCUAGGUUUGCCGAGAAUCCUAUGGGACCCAGGCAUCAGAUGCCGCCGUUUACUAAUGCCUCGCCUGUAAAUCACAAUAUGCAGCAACCUUCACCACCUCCCAAUCGACCGCCCGGUAAUUUUUCACCGUAUCAUCCGCCUCCGCCACCCAAUUAUCACUACGGUGCCUAUCCGCCACCUCCGCCAAUGUCUACAGCGGAUGAUGCAGCUGCCUACCAGAGUUCACCGUAUCCUUCGGAACAUUUCUCCUCGCCGGCAGACAACCAACCAUCGAUUCAAGGACCGCCUCAGGCGCCACCGCAACAAUCGCAUCCGAAUGAUGAAGACCAUGGGACCGGCGAAUUUGGCGGCUUGGUAUCUUACUUUAGUAGCCAGAGAGAGGACGAUCUCGAUUCGUAGCAUGAGUGAGAGCUUGG